AUGCGUCACGGGGACCUGCACAUCCUCUCCGUCGGGAAAUACAAGUAUAGCACCGACAGCAGGAUUUCCAUCAAGCACAACAGCGAGCAGCACGAGUGGCUCUUGAGGAUCCAGGACGUGCAAGAGCAGGACGCCGGACGCUACGAGUGCCAGGUGUCGUCCAAGCCCGUGCUCAGCUUCAUCGUCAACAUGGAGGUCGUCGCUGCUGAUACUGAUUUUACUCACACUGAUCUGACUCUAGAAGUGCUCUUACUUUACCCUGACUCUGAUCAGACAAUACUUCACCUUUUUGUAGUGGCAGUAGAGGUAGUCACAUUAACUGUGGCCUCCUGGACACAGCAUGUUGAACUGCAAUAUACUAGGCACUGCUCUUACACUGCUAUCCAACGACCCGACGCCCUGUCACGCAUUGGUUACGAAAUCUGCGUCACGCCGUUUUACCUCCUGUCACCCUUGCACACGCGAACUCCUAAAAACCCGUGCAUGCUACAAUUAGAUGUUAUUGGCGACCUGGAUCCCCUCCCACGCGCCGAGAUCAUCAACGGCCCCGAGAUUUUCGUGCACCGCGGCUCCCUCAUUAACCUCACCUGCAUUGUGACGCACGGCACUGAACUCCCCGUCUAUGUGUAUUGGUACCAUCAUAACAAGGUCAUAGACUACGAAGGCCGCGGGGGAGUGACUGUGAUUACCAAGGCAGCGCGAAAUACUGUGAGUCACCUGCUUAUGAGGGACGCGAGGCACCAGGAUUCCGGCCUUUACGCCUGCAGGCCUUCCAACGGGGAGGAUGCCUACAUCCGCCUGCAUGUCCUCAACGGAGAGAGCGAGAGACACGGCAUAUCCAGCCGAGACAAGCCUCCUCGCAGAAUCCAUUAA